UGGAAAUAUGACUUAAUAUGGAUAACAGUAUCGUUGCUGAUGAUGCUUUUUUUAUACUAAACUACAAACUAUAAAACUUUAUAAUGAAAUAAAUAAAACUAGGUAUACUAUAGUUUUAAUAAAACUAGGUUUACUAUAGUUGAAAUAGGGAAAGCAGAAUAGUAUCGAAAAUUAACUGAUCGAAAAAAUGAUUAGUAUCGAAAAAUAACUGACCGAAACUCAUUUUAAUGAUUAAGAUCGAAAAUGUGAUUUUCAGAUUAAUAUCGAAAAGUUUUUAUAUCGAAAUUCACAAAUUUGGAACAAUAUCAAAAACAGUAAAAACGGAAUAAGAUCGAAAACUCAUUUAACUGAUUAACAUCGAAAAUGUGAUUUUCUGAUUAAUGUCGAAAAGUUUUUAUAUCGAAAUUCACAAAUGUGGAACAAUAUCGAAAACAAUAAAAAAGGAAUAAGAUCGAAAACUCAUUUUUAAGAUUAACAUCGAAAAUAAGAUUUUCUUAUUAAUGUCGAAAACAAUAAAAUCAGAAUAAGAUAGAAAACUCAUUUUAAUGAUUAAGAUCGAAAACGUGAUUUUCCGAUUAAUGUCGAAAAAAAUAAAAACACAAUAAGAUCGAAAACUCAUUUUAAUGGUUAACAUUAAAAGUAAGAUUUUCUGGUUAAUGUCGAAAACAAUACAAACGGAAUAAGAUCGAAAAUUUUUAAUUGUCAAAAAUUCUUUUUAAUGAUUAACAUCAAAAAUAUGAUUUUAUGAUCACAUUUUUAUUUUAUAAAAAACUAGUACUAGGAGAAAAUCUUAAGAAAUUUUUAAUACUAAGUCACUUUUUAAAAAGAAACUUAUUUAAGAGUUCGAUGAAUAUUUCCUAACUUUUCACCCUAAUAUCGCAUCAGCUUAACAAAGUUUGCAUUACCUACAAUGGAGAACAGCAGUUUAAAUGAACAGUUAAUUUGCACGCGCAAUAAACAGUUUAAUUUGCACGUGCAAUAAAAUUCUGUUCGAAUUAAAACUUAAAAUUUAAGAAACUUUUAAGAAACUCAAUAUUCUAAAAUGUCAUUAGAGAACUUAUCAAAAAAUUAUAAUGAAAAUGAAGGAGAAAGAAAAAAUUCAAAUGUAUUUUGGUCUGGUGAUUUUCUAUACACCAAAGACAAACUUUAUAAAGACAAACUGCAUCUUAAGUGUCAUUUUUUUACAAGAAUGAACUGCAAAGGCAGAGCUUUUAUUUAUGAAGAUAAACUUCAGGUUACAACUGUUCACAGUUGCAGUUCAAGAGAAACAGACUUUGAAGUGCUGCUUGCUAAAAGUACCAUGAAGAAAAAAGCAGGAGCAACAUCUGAAGACCUGCGCUUAAUUUUUCAAAACACUUUGAGUGAGUUUCCUGCAGUUGUUUCUGAAUCAGUUAGUUUUCGUCAAAUUAUCCCAAGUCUUCAGAAAAGGAGAAGGCUAAAUGAGCCUUCAAACCCAAAAUCACCUAAUGAAGCUGCUGAAGUUCUAAACGACAAAGAGUGCCAUCGCUAUGGAGACAUUUUCUUGGGAUCAGUUGCAGAACAGGAUAACGUAGCAUUGCUGUUUGGGCAUAUGCUAGUCAUCAACAAGGCGAAAUCGGCCAAAGUGUGUUUUGUUGAUGGAACAUUUAGCAUGACACCACGCAUGGAGAAAAGUAAGUGAUAUCAGCUCUUGAUAUUUUCUGUUGAGUAUUCAGCAGUACUUGAAGAUCCAAUUCCAGAUGAGGAUCAGAUGAAUUUUGAUCCUGAUAACCCUCACCUUUGGGGAAUAUCUGUUCCAGCUGUAUGCGCUUUAAUGACAUCGAAAUCUGAGGCUUUAUACAAGCUUGUUUUUUACAAAAUAAAAGAAAUUUUAGAUUUCUCUCCAGUCACCAUUAUGUCAGAUUUUGAACGAGGACUACAGAAUGCUUUAAAAACA